AACGCUCUCUCCCCCAUCACCUUUCCUCUCUUUUGUUUCUUUCUUUCUUUCUUUCUUUCCUUGUUUCCAUCUCCCCCACAACCGCGUCUCCCCCCAAACCUAAAUUCCCCCCGAAAACAGAAUUCGAUUGGUUCGGAAUGCCGGUGGCCAUACGGCGCCGUUUCAGCCGCGGUGACACGUCGGCUUGAGGUGGGGGGACGGUCUUUCUUUUUUCUUUCUUUUCUUUCUGAUGGGUUUCAGUCCUGCGGGCGGCGGCGGUGGCGGUGGCGGUGGUACGAGCAAUGGUACCGGGAAUAAUAGCACCAGUAAUAAUAAUAAUAAUAAUAAUAGUAAUAAUAGUAGCUGCUGUAACAUGAGCCUCAAGUGUAGGUGUAAAUGGAGGUGCCUGAUGUCGUCGGGGUUCGUUUUCUUCUUCGGCUGUUUUGUGUUGUUCGGAUCAGUCGCUACGAUUUAUGUGUGGUUUGCUUUCACGCCGUAUUAUUAUGCUCGCGGCACAGCGGAGUCGUCGUCGUCGGCCGCCGUGCUUGGGUGUCAGGAGGACAAUGAAGGUUCUUGGUCCGUUGGUGUUUUCUUCGGUGACUCUCCCUUUAAUCUCAAGCCCAUUGAAGCUGUGAAUGUAUGGAGAGACAAGAGUGCCGCCUGGCCUGUGGCAAACCCUGUUGUGACUUGUGCAUCAGUUUCUGAAUCUGGUUUCCCAAGUAAUUUUGUUGCUGAUCCUUUCCUUUAUGUCCAGGGAGAUACUUUGUACAUGUUCUAUGAAACCAAAAAUUCAAUCACCAUGCAAGGAGAUAUUGGGGUUUCAAAAAGCUCUGAUAAAGGAGCAACAUGGCAGCAAUUAGGCAUUGCCUUGGAUGAAGAGUGGCAUCUCUCUUAUCCAUAUGUCUUUCACUACCUUGGCCAUAUAUAUAUGAUGCCUGAAAGCAGCACGAAUGGCGAAGUUCGUCUCUAUCGAGCCCUCAGUUUUCCCAUGCAAUGGACUCUAGAAAAGGUGAUCUUGAAAAAGCCUCUUGUCGACUCAUUCCUUAUCAAUUAUGAUGGAGCCUAUUGGCUUUUCGGUUCAGACCACAGUGGAUUUGGCACCACAAAGAAUGGACAGUUGGAAAUCUGGUACAGUAGCUCGCCUUUGGGUCCUUGGAAACCACACAAGAAGAACCCUAUAUAUAAUGGUGACAAGAGCUUUGGGGCUCGAAAUGGAGGCAGACCAUUUUUUUACAACGGGAAUCUCUAUCGCUUUGGUCAAGACUGUGCUGAAACGUAUGGGAGACGUGUGCGCACCUUUAAGGUGGAAGUUCUUACCAAAGAUGAAUAUAAGGAAGUUGAAGUCCCGUUGGGCCUUCCUGAGCCAAAUAAGGGUCGCAAUGCUUGGAAUGGUGUUCGCUUCCAUCAUCUCGAUGUGCAACAACUAAAUACUGGAGGGUGGAUUGCAGUAAUGGAUGGAGACCGUGUACCUUCUGGAGAUUCUGUACACAGGUUUAUUGUUGGUAGUGCUUCAGUUGCCAUUGUCGCUAUACUUGUUAUAUUACUAGGUGUACUACUUGGAGCUGUGAAGUGCAUGAUUCCCCCCAAUUGGUGCACUCACAACUCGGGUAAGAGAAGUGAUGCAUUCAUGGCUUGUGAAAGGUCAUAUCUGUGUUCGUCCAAACUGAGACGUUUUUGCAGCCGCUUGAACAGAGCAGUUUCAUCCCUCAGAGGUAGGAUUAAGCCUAAUACCUGUGCUGGAAGACUAGUUCUUGCUAUAUAUUUGGCAUUUGGAGUGGCAGCUAUGUGCACAGGGGUUAAAUAUAUCUAUGGCGGCAGUGGUGCAGAAGAAGCUUACCCAUUAAAAGGUCAUUACUCACAGUUCACGUUAUUAACAAUGACUUAUGAUGCUCGUCUCUGGAAUUUGAAAAUGUAUGUUAAACACUAUUCUAGAUGUUCAUCGGUAAGAGAAAUUGUUGUGGUGUGGAACAAGGGUAUACCUCCUGAAGCGAGUGAUUUUGACUCUGCAGUGCCAGUUAGGAUCAGAGUAGAGAAACAGAACUCCCUGAAUAACCGGUUCAAGUUGGAUUCUUUGAUAAAGACUCGAGCUGUUCUGGAGCUUGAUGACGACAUUAUGAUGACCUGCAAUGAUAUUGAGAGAGGAUUCAGGAUAUGGCGUCAACACCCGGAUCGUAUUGUGGGUUUCUACCCCCGGCUCAUUGAUGGAAGUCCAUUGAAGUACAGAGGUGAGAAACAUGCUCGGAGUCAUAGAGGCUAUAAUAUGAUUCUCACUGGGGCAGCAUUCCUUGAUAGCCAAGUAGCUUUUAAGAGGUAUUGGAGUGAAGAAGCUAGCCCAGGGAGGGACUUUGUGGACAAGUCUUUCAAUUGUGAGGACGUGCUUAUGAAUUACCUGUAUGCAAAUGCUAGCUCAUCUCAGAAUGUAGAGUAUGUGAGGCCAGCAUGGGCGAUAGAUACGUCGAAGUUAUCUGGUGCUGCUAUUAGCCGAAAUACCCAAGUUCACUACAACAAGAGGAGCAACUGCCUGGUGAAAUUUUCUGAGAUGUAUGGAACUUUGGCUGGGCGCAAGUGGGAAUUUGAUGGGCGGAAGGAUGGGUGGGAUGUAUAGCAGGGGAAGUAAAUUAGCUAGUGGCUUGCCAGCCCUUAGGGUUUGUUGAUCCUUCUCUUUGUUUCAGUAAAUCUUAAAUGAUUUCAAUUUAUACUCCUUGCCCCUCCCCCUUGUGAAUUCCGUGUGGGGAAUUAGUUUUAUCAAUAGAUUUCUGUUUUGAUUAGUAAGAUGUACAUUGUUUUGGCGUUUCUUUUUUUGCUGGAAAUUGAUGAAAAGUGGGUUUUUGUUUAUGAUUUUGCACCA